AUGAUGACGACAACCACCGUCGAUACGAGCUAUUCGUACAUUUGCGUGUGUGACAAUACGUCACAAGUUGUCGCGGGCACCGGAUGCUCGAUUACGGGCUCCGACACGGAAGUGAAUUACGCUGGUUGUUCAUGUGCUGACGGGACGGAUAUCCAACCGAAGCAAGUAUCUGACUGCGAAGACCUGGAUGAAGACGGGGAAUGUGACGAAGCACAAGCAUUACGAUGUACGACACGAUACAUGUCGGAGAGCCUAUACAAAAUAUUCAAAUGGGCAUUUCUGGUGAUGUUUAUAUGGAUUACCGGAUGGGUGUUGGCCACGAUAUUUGUCAACAUCAAGCAUAAAAAUUCCGGGCACCACCGCUACAUCCAUCUUUUUGAGGAGAUUUCAAUUGUUUUAUUAUUUUUGACGAUGGUCGGGCUGCAGUUGUUCUUCAACAUCAAGCAGAAUCCCUGCAAACUCCUAAAAAUCCUCUCGCACCUCUUCAUGGUCGUCACUUGCGGCGCUUUCUUUUUCGAGGCCUGGUUUGCUAAUUCUCUGAUCAACGCGAAUUCCCUAAAAAACGGCAGCGUCCCGGCUUUCCUGAACUAUUUGCUGCCGGUCGUGAUGGGUGUCGUCGUUUCGCUACUUUCAUAUUUUGCGAAAAAGACGGAAUAUGCAUUGAGUGGAUUACACUGCUUGGCGCCGACAAAUGCUGAAAUCCUGUGGGCCUACUGUAUCCCGCCGUGGAUUCUGUUGAUGGCCGCGUCGUGGAAGGUGCAAACCGCCUUUCUGCAAUGCCGAAAAUUCGACCCGAAAAAGGCCGACGAAAAGCAGAUCUACUGGGCAUUCCGAUCAGCCCGUGCUCUUCCUCCAUUCGGAUGGCUUCUCUUUGGCAUCUAUAUGUCGAUGAUCUUCGGGAUGGACCAGCAAUUAUUCUGGGUUCUCGCGCUCGCCAUUGUGAUGAUGAUCAUCUACGGGCCGGCUAUAUUCUUCGUUCACACUUAUGGGCACAUUAAUACUCAAAAGCUCUACCACCCGAAAUGGUUUGGAUUCUACACGCCGUGCCCCCCAGAUCAGCCACGUCCAUCUUCACCCUCACUUUCUGAUGAUGAGAGUGAAUCCACGCCGUUGCCGGAUGAUCCGAAGAAAGAUCCCGAUGCUCCCCCACCGGCUCCUGGAGGUUUGGGAUUACGA